AUGACUUCACAUAACGGAGCGCUCAUUUCCCGGGCCAGGUUCGGUACCGGGGGUGGCAUCGGCGUUUAUUCAGAGCCGGUCACACGCGAGUCUGUCGCGAUAGGCAGCGAGUCCCGGUGCCCCCGCGCCGGGAGCCGCUCCCGCGGGGCGUUUUCCAUCCCGGGGGCAUCGGGCACCGGGGGAUUCGGUGUGACCGACCCCCUCCGUGCCGCUGUCCCCGCGCGGUCUCCGCCGCCCGCGGGGGGACACGGAGCGGGCGGGACACGCCGGUGGGUCGCCGCGCUCGUCGCCGUGUCGGGCACGGCGCAGACAGCGCUGAGAGGGUUUUGCAUCCGCCGUGGGCAGCGGGACCCCGACAUCACUCAGGCUCCCCUCCUGCCCAUGACCCGCGGCGCGUCACGCCGCUCGCCCCGGGAUCCCGACCCCUGUCCCGGUCUGACCCCGGCCCCGACCCCCGCCCGUCCCGCGUGGGCGCUCUCCGGUGCGCCGCAUCGAUGGCUCGGCGCUCGCCGUGGCCGCCUGGCCGCGCUCGGCUGUGGAUUGGCGCUGCCUGCCCGCCGCCCCGGAAGGCGCUGGGCUCGAACCGGGGCCGCGGCGGCUCCGCCAGGCUCUCCCCGCUGCAUCAGGAGGUGGCCAAAAGUAUUGAAGAUGGGCCGGCGCUCCUCGGACACGGAGGAGGAGAGCAGGAGCAGGAGGAAGAAGAAGCACCGCAGGCGCUCCUCCUCCAGCAGCUCCUCGGACAGCCGCAGCUACAGCCGCAAAAAGUCGGGAAGGAAAUCCAGGUCCAGGUCACGCUCUCGGGAUCUCCAGUCUUGGUCCCAUUCCUAUGAGAAAAGGCGCAGACACAGAUCCAGCAGCAGCUCUUCCUACGGCUCCAGGAGGAAGCGCAGCCGCUCCAGGGGCAGAGGAAAAUCCUACAGGUCCCAAAGGUCCAGGUCCAAGAGCAGAACCAGGAGGUCCCGGCAGCGUUCCUACAGCCGCAGCAGCGAGAGGUCCGGGCACAGGAGAACCCCCAGCGGGUCCCGGGAGCGCCGCAAGGGCCGGGACAAGGACAAGGACAAAGCCAAGGACAAGGGCAAAGGGAAGGAGAAGGAGAUUUGUGGCACCAAGGCCGGGGACUCUGCAAACAUCAAAGCUGGAUUAGAACAUCUGACUCCUGCUGAGCAGGCCAAGGCCAGGCUGCAGCUGGUUCUGGAGGCAGCUGCUAAAGCAGACGAAGCGUUGAAGGCCAAGGAGAGAAGUGAAGAAGAAGCCAAGAGAAGAAAGGAAGAAGACCAAGCUGCCCUGCUGGACCAGGCGAGGCGAGUGAAGGAGAUCGAAGCCAUCGAAAGCGACGCCUUCGUCCCACAGACCUUCAGGUCCAGCAAGGAAAUCAAAAAGUCAACAGAACCUCCUGAACCCCAGCCUGAACCUGCGAAUUUGGGAGCAGGAGCCACUGAGGCAGCAGCUCCUGAGAAGGAUUCUCCAGCUGCCAGCAUUCCCACUGCCAUCAAAUACCAGGAUGACAAUUCCUUAGCACAUCCAAACCUGUUCAUCCAGAAGGCAGAGGCAGAGGAGAAGUGGUUCCAGAGGCUGGUCGCUCUGCGCCAGGAGAGGCUGAUGGGGAGCCCCGUGGCCUGACAGCUCCCAGGACCAUCCCAGGCCACUUCCCACGGAG